UCAUCCCAUCUCAUGCAUGGCUGCCAGUAAUGGUCUACUGGGUGUCAGCUUGUAUUGGCACGGCACAAAGCAAGUGCCAAGGGCUCGGAGGAUUGACUCCCCGCUGCAGACUCGGCCUGUGGAUAAAAGCGAGCAAAAUGCCCCAGCAGAGCUCACAGACAUAGUCAUGUUGGGCUGGAACGAGGAAGUGCAGUGGAGAGGGGAGGGACUCCGGGCGCAGCUCCAUGGGGCCGCGGCGCUGCGACCUUCUGCACAUGGAGCCGGGGAGAGUUGGAAGAACUUCAUACUGCAAACUCAAGGAAUAGCAGAGUACUUGCACCGCAUGGAGACGGAGGAGGCGCAGGAAAUGGCCCAGAUGCCAGGCAGAGACAGCCCCCCCACCAACGAAGCAUCCGAGGAGGCAGAGGAGCCCAUGGCCGUCCCUGAGGACCUGUCAGCCGGCUCCACCCACCAGCUGAACAGGGGGGACAAAGCCUGUAACAUUAAAGUUGAGGCUCGCAGUGAUGAGGAGAAUGGGCUGUCCUGUGACAUGAAUGGCGUGGAGGAGGAUGAGGAGUGCGCGGAAGACUUGCGCGUGAUCGAUGCCUCGGGGGCCAAGGUGAACGGCUCUCAGCCGAGCCCCGAAGCCAAGGCCUUCUCCUCGGCCGGUGGUAUCCGGCUGCCCAACGGGAAGCUCAAGUGCGAUAUCUGUGGGAUAGUUUGCAUUGGGCCCAAUGUGUUGAUGGUGCACAAGCGGAGCCACACCGGAGAGCGUCCGUUCCAGUGCAGCCAGUGCGGGGCCUCUUUCACCCAGAAGGGCAACCUGCUGCGUCACAUCAAGCUUCACUCAGGGGAGAAACCCUUCAAGUGUCACAUGUGCAGCUACGCCUGCCGCAGGAGGGACGCCCUCAGCGGACAUCUACGCACCCACUCUGUUGGAAAACCCCACAAGUGUGCUUACUGUGGGCGGAGCUAUAAGCAGCGGAGCUCUCUGGAAGAGCACAAGGAGAGGUGUCACAACUACCUGCAGUGCAUGGGGCUGCAGAACAGCAUCUACACAGUAGUAAAGGAAGAAAGCAACCAGAAUGAGCAGAGGGAAGACUUAAGCCAGAUGGGAUCUGACAGAGCCUUGGUGCUAGACAGACUAACGAAUAAUGUAGCUAAGCGUAAGAGCACUAUGCCACAGAAGUUUGUUGGGGACAAGCGUCUGUCGGACCUCUCCUACGACGGGGGUUCAGGCGAGCUGAUCCAGCCCCAUGUCAUCGACCAGGCCAUCAACAGCGCCAUCAGCUACCUGGGGGCCGAGUCGCUGCGGCCCCUGGUGCAGACCUCCCCUGCCUCCUCGUCCGAUGUGGGCCUCGGCUCCCUGUACCCUCUCCACAAGCCGGGGGCCGAGGGCCACGUGGGGGCCGGUCACAACCUGUCAGCCAAAGACAGCGCCGCCGAGAACCUGCUGCUCCUCUCCAAAUCCAAAUCAGCGUCCAGCGAGAAGGACGGCUCACCCAGCCACAGCCAGGACUCCACGGACACCGAGAGCAACAACGAGGACCGCCCGGGGGGGGCCGCCUCGGGCCUCAUCUACCUCACCAACCACAUCACCUCGGGGGGGAGGAACGGCAUGCUGGUGAAGGAUGAGAUGCAAAGGCAGUACGAGGCCAUCAGGGCCGCCAGCAUGGAGAUGGCCUCCGAGGGCUUCAAAGUGGUGACGUCAGACGGGGAGCAGGUGAGGGCCCACCGCUGCGAACACUGCCGCGUGCUCUUCCUGGACCACGUCAUGUACACCAUCCACAUGGGCUGCCACGGCUUCAGAGACCCCUUCGAGUGCAACCUGUGCGGCCACCGCAGCCAAGACCGAUACGAGUUCUCCUCACACAUCACGCGAGGGGAGCACCGCUACUGAACACAUCCACAGACGAACAGCUGCACAAUGGAAAAACUGAAAUGUUGACUAUUAUGAGAACAUAUUACACAUGAUCCAAUUAGGCUAGUUAAUAGCAAUAACAUUACGUUUAAAUAGGUUCAAUUUAAGAUUAUUGCUUUCAUUUAACCUAAUGCAAUUAUCUGUAAUUCGUUGAUAUAAUACGUUUAACUAAAGUCAAUGUUGCAGUUUUUUCAGUGCAUGCAGAUCUGAAAUACAAAAUGUAAAAUACACUGUUGAGUUCUGAAAGGUGUUUUUUUUAUACAAAGUAUGCAUGUUUGUUGAACACAGAUAAAUGUAAGAAUAUAAGAUGUUUUUUUCCUUUUCCGUGUUCAAAAGGAAUUUCUUGUGUCGUUUUUUUUA